UGGACGGCACAAGCCAGCUACGAUCAGCUCAGUCCUGCCCAGAUUAUCAACCAUCAUGUGCAGGCUUGCCCUGAGCUAGACGGUCACGAAAUAUACAUUAGGCACGGCUCUUGUCAGGUGAAAGGCCCUUCUGAUCUGAACUCCGAAGGUGAAUUCUCCAAAGUCGAUGACAUUGAAGACUUGAGUCAAUAUGCAAUUCGAGACAUAUGUGGAUUUAUAUCCAAAAAUCUCUUCUCUCUUCCGUCCCUCGAGGUACACUGGGACUUUUCUUCUGCGCGACUUAGACCACUACCUUCCGAAAACUACGCAGAAGCAAUACGACUGGGGCUUGAAAAGAAGGUGUGCACGAAUUUUAAAGAACAGCAGUACAUUCCUGCGUGUGAUCUUGAGGUGUUCUUAGAUGUGUCGGUAGCACGCAACCUCCUGGACCAGGAUGCCUCUGUGAACAUGAGUCAUUUUGAGACAGCCAGAUUCUUGAGGAAGGUGCAGACAUUCCCUGCGAGGAAACUUCUUGUGCUCUGCGUCUUCAGCCGCUUCAACCUUGAUGAGCUGAAACACCUUAUUGAUCAUGGGUUUAACGACGAAACACGGCCCCAACCGAGCACGACGUGCGGGGAUAAGGAAUGCACAGCGAAGUAUGCACAGCUGAGGAAUAAUAUCCACACCUUCUUCCCCAGGAAUAUCAAGAAGGGUCAGAAGCGGCAUAUGCUGACUACGCAAGAGGUGGUACCUCUGCAGCACCCGCCUUGUGAGGAGCGUGAACUUGGUCAGGGCGCCUAUGGAGUUGUCACGCAAGUCAUCAUUGAUCGAUCUCAUUAUUCUUUCCCAGGGGACCCCGAUUGCCGUUUUGCCCUGAAAACAUUCGCUAGCAACGACCUAGCGACAGCGGCAUUCUUGAGUGAGGUAUCGAUGCUGGACGUCCUCACCCCGCACGGGCACGAUCAUAUUGCUGGCCACAUUACUGCAUGGUCGCAGGCUGAUCAGCACUUCAUCCUCUAUCCCAAAGCCGCCCAUAAUUUGAGAUCGUACAUGACGGAUGUAGAGCCUCCUGCGUUGAGGCAGCCAGUCAUGAUGUGGUUUUUCAAACAACUUGGUGGGCUGGCGGAUGCCAUCGACCACGUUCAUCGGAUCAAGGAUGGCAGCGAGGAUGGGGCUGUCAUUGAAGGCUGUCAUCACGACAUCAAACCAGAGAAUAUCCUCGUUUUCGAAAGGGUACCAAACAAGGACCCAACGUUCAAGAUUGCCGACUUUGGCGCCGGUCACUUUUAUGCAGGUCCCAAUGAUGACAAAAGGAGUAAGCAAUAUUCUAAAACCGGGGGAACAGAAACGUAUUUUGCUCCUGACUGGGAGAGACAUGGAAAUGUGUCCAAGUCGUUUGAUAUGUGGGCCUUGGGAUGUGUCUUUCUGGAAUUGCAUCUAUGGCUAUUCAGGUUCCACUGGGAUGAUGGCGCUGGUUUCUCAACAAAACGUGCCGAAUUCUCCGGUGCUGAUCCUAGAAACAGCGAGGAUCGAUUCUGGGUGAAGACUAAAGCUGGCUACGUGUUGAAGCCUGCUGUUGAGAGAGUACUUGAAGAACUCGAGGCCAAAUGCAACAAG